AUGUGUGCGUGAAGUUCGUCGCUUGAAUCAACAUACAACAAUUGCUGAUACAAGUGACGAUAUUGUUUUUGAGAAUUUAUUAUUUUUCUUCCAACAAGAAAAAAUGCCUCUUUUUGAUUCUGUGAUGCAGGAAAAGCCCGCUGUGGUGUUUGAAAUUGGCUCCGCGUACACAAAGUUGGGAUUCGCUGCGGAAGCUCAUCCGAGAUUCAUCCUGCCCACACAGGUUCUCGAUCCGUCGACGGGGACAUCGAAGAAUCUCUUCUCCUUCCACGGUAUGGAGUUGUACGAUAAAGUCGUGACAUUCCUCAAUGAGUUGUUCUUCAAGUACGUCCUCGUGAGUCCCAAGGAUCGACGGAUUGUGAUUGUGGAGAGUGUGCUGUGUCCCACGGAGUUCCGUGAGUGCCUCGCCAGAGCCUUCUUUAGGCACUUUGAAGUGUCGCUCGUCUUCUUCGUGCCCACGCAUUUGGUGAUCCUCACAACAUUGGCCGUCAGCACGGCUCUUGUCAUUGAUUUGGGUUUCCGGGAAGCUGUUGUUCUUCCUGUGUAUAGUGGGGUACAGGUUUUACAUGCCUGGCAAGCACAACCUCUGGCAUCUGAGGCGGUACAUGCGGAAAUUAGACGACAGUUGAUUGAUUCGGGCGUGGCAGGUGCCCUCCUCACUGAUGACCUCAUUGAGAACAUCAAAGUACGGACGUGUUUUGUCACCAAACACUCUCGGGCUAUUCAGUACCGCGAAGGGAAGGCACCAGCCCCAUGUCCAGAUGUUGAUUACCCAGCUGGUGGGGAACAGAUAAUCCGUGUUCCGGGUGUGGUGCGUGAGACGGCAUUUGAGGUACUCUUCCCUGAAGAUAAUGACCAUCUGGGACUACCCUACCUGGUGCUAGAUGCCAUCCUCAAAUGCCCCCUCGAUAUGAGACGCGAACUGGCGGAAAAUAUCGUCUUAAUAGGCGGAACUUCAAUGACUCAGGGACUCACGGCAAGGCUCCAGGAGGAACUGACACACCUUCUCAACUCUGACCUCUACAAGGGGAAGCUCUUUAUCAAAUCCUUCAAAUUCCACUCUGCUCCUGCCAAAGCAAACUUCACCGCAUGGCUGGGAGGUUCCAUUUACGGUGGCACUGAUCUCCUCCUGACGCGAUCCCUCACAAAGGAUGCCUACUGCAAGAAUCCUCGUGUACCCGAUUGGACGCACCUGGAUGACAAACGCACCCACGGAAGCAAUUAAUUUUACAUACACCAAAUUUUAUUACAAUUUAUUUAUUAAUCCUUCAUCAAAAAUCAUGAAAAAAUUUAUACGCGAAAAUUGAGGGCUUUUGUCGCAAAGUGCGUCCCUUGGAAUGCCUUUGGUCACCUUAAGAUUAAGAAUCUUAUUUAAUUAUCCUGUUAAAAUAAUUAAUCCUACUUUCCUCUCUCCAUUGUAAGCUCUUUAUUGUUUUAUUUUGUACACUUUAAUCCUAUUAUACUCUUACAGUAUCCCCGUUCUAGAAAUGUUGGCGCACCUUCAGUGAAAUUAUCUUUAUUUUCAUUUUCUUUGUUUUUUUUCUAGAAAUAAUAUACAAAUUUUCUUUAUAAAAAAAUAUUUAUUAAUUUUCCUUUUAAAAAAAAUCUAAAAAAAGAUUUUUUAUAAGUUUUAUUAUAUUUGCAAAUUUUACUCAAAUAAAAAUACAAAAUUGAAAUAAAAAA